UACUGUUGACAGACUGGCGUUGAACCUCUCCCAACAACCAGGUAGACGUAAGGACGUCACACGUUAUUAGUUUAGAGUUAAAGUAAUGACAGAUAAACACGUCCUCCCUUCAUGCUUACUUUCAACAAAAAAGAAGUUAUGGAUAUUUGCGACGGGAAGAAAAGGAGAAAGGUAAGCGGCGGUGUGCGGGGCUGCAGGCGGAGCGUGGCCGGGAAGAUGAAGCGGGAGGCGGGUAUGAUCCUCCGCUCUCUCAAGGUGGAGGACAACAACCAUACGGAGCCCAUGGAGGAGGAGGAGGAGGAGGAGGAGGACGAUGACUGCUUCUCUAUCAGCUUCCUCCGGAGCGACCGGCUGGAGCCCGCCGUGGUGAUGUCUCCGCGGUACAGCCUGCUGCGGGAGGUGGGCCGGGGUAGCUACGGGGUGGUGUAUGAGGCUAUAGCCCGGAAAACAGGGGCUAGGUUGGCGGUGAAGAGGCUCCAAUGCGACGCUCCGGAAAAUGUAGAGCUGGCUCUGGCCGAGUUCUGGGCCUUGACAAGUCUGGAGAAUCGACACCAGAAUGUGGUCCAGCUGGAGGAGUGUGUCCUGCAGAGGAACGGCUUAGCCCAGAAGAUGAGCCAUGGGAAUAAGAGAUCCAAACAAUACCUGGGUCUGGUGGAGAUGUCACUCAAAGGGGAGCGCAUCCUGGGUUACCCAGCAGAGCCAUGCUACCUCUGGUUCGUCAUGGAGUUUUGUGAGGGUGGAGAUCUCAAUCAGUACAUAUUGUCUCGUCGGCCUGACCGCCAAACCAACAGAAGCUUUAUGCGCCAGAUGACGAGUGCGGUGGCUUUCCUGCACAAGAACAACAUUGUCCAUCGUGAUCUGAAGCCAGACAACAUACUCAUCUCACAGAAAUCUGGUUCACCUGUUCUGAAAGUUGCUGACUUUGGACUCAGUAAAGUUUGCGCUGGCCUGAACUCCAGGAAUAGUGAAGAAUACCCUGCAGCAGGAGCGGGAAGCAAGGACAGCAACCAGAACAACAUGGGCAACAUAAACAAGUUUUGGUUGUCGUCAGCUUGCGGUUCAGACUUCUACAUGGCCCCCGAGGUGUGGGAGGGCCACUACACAGCUAAGGCUGAUAUAUUCGCCCUGGGCAUCAUCAUCUGGGCAAUGAUCGAGCGGAUCACUUUCAUUGAUGCAGAGUCCAAACGUGAACUGCUGGGCACCUACGUCCGGCAGGGCACAGACAUUGUACCUGUUGGGGAGGCACUUUUGGAAAACCCGAAGAUGGUUCUGCACAUCCCUCAGAAGGCCAGGAGCUCCAUGUCUGAGGGGGUUAAGAAACUCCUACAGGACAUGCUUGCAGUCAACCCUCAGGACCGACCAGACGCCUUCCAGCUGGAGGUGCGGAUGGACCAAGUCACAUGUGCAUCGUGACAGCCCCCACCUUUCCAAUCCUUCUUAUUUUUUACCCUGACAAGUCAAAGAAGGGACCCCUUUUCUUCCCAGCUUUGUUUACUACGUGGACGUGGACCCCAGAGAAAAAGAGACUGUGAAGAAUCCACAAUCAUAUUUUGAGUGGGAAGAGAUCGACUGGCUGAUGAUUCCAAAACCCGGAGAUGGGAACAAUAUGCAAAUCAGACCACACUUCCAGCACCAUCCGGUUACUAUCACUGUCGCCAUGGAGCUGAAGACGCUUACUGGUGAAUAACGGCAGUGUACUCGAUAGUUGGCUGGAUGUGAUAAGGUUUCAUGACAUUUAUGGUUUUUAAGUUGUUGAUUUUUGCCCCAACAGCUCCAGUAUAAGCCUGCUCUUCCUUAACAUUUGUAAUGUAAUUACAUUUGUAAUGUACUCAGAUGUGGCACAGGUUAGCCUGCUGUACUAGGGUUCUAAAGUGAAAGCGUGGGCUACACACCAGUUUACUGAUGAUACUGAUGAUACUGAUGAUAAUGAUGAUAAUGAUGAUGAUGAUGAUGAUGAUAAUGAUAUGUGAAUGAUGAUCAACAUGCAAGACUACCAGUCUCUUCCUCACUCUGACCCUACAACCUUGUGCCUUAAAGACCAUUCAGAGUGCGAUUUUUUACAUAUAGACUUUCUGUCAGAAAUGCACACUUGACCAAUGGAACCUUUUGCUUUAAAUGAUGUCACACCAUUGAUAUCCCAGGCUGCAAUAAUGCCAAGUAAGAAUGUGAUGAUUUUGGUGCCCUGGGUACAACCAUGAAGCCGAAAUAUACAAAACUUCAAAUGAAGAUAUGGUCAUUACAGAUUUUGUACUGGUGUGGAUGUAUAUCACAUAAAGAAGACUGAUCAAGAUAUUUUGCAAAUCUGUGCCAUGUUUUAAAGGCAGAGGCAGAGCAAAUGUGAUUAUUGACCUCUAAUGCUUUGUAUAUUGUUGUAUUGAAGGUGUGCGACAGAAUUUUGCACCAUAGAAGUAGCAGGCCUGUUUCCACUCCACACAAUACUGUGCAUUUUUAACCAAACUAUGUCCAGCAGGGAAUUUAAACUGGUAUUUUUGGACAUUAGUUCCUGUUGUACCCAAAGACCACCUGGUGGACAAAUAUAUACGUCUUAGCAUCACUGCGAAGUUUGGGAUUUUAUUAACAUAUUUUCUAAAUUAACCAAGAAACAAUCAGAAUUUGGGAGACUAACUGGCUGUGUUUGAUGGAAGCCUUAUGUUUUUUAACUUGGAUGCUUUGACAGUGGUAUAUAUAUGUUGCUGUUGUUCAUUUUGCUCUGAAUGUUUUUUUUUUACCUCGAGGUUGAGUCUGGCACCUUCACAAAUUGAAACAACACUUAGAAUGCAGUUCAAGAUAUAAAGUCAGUCAUCUGCCAUUAAGGAUUUUUGAGCACUGAUCUGAUCUGUUUUGAUGGGUGUGGUAUGAAUGAAUGAAUGGGUCUGAUUUGGGGAUUUUUACAUGAAAUGUGAAGAUUUGCUAUCUGUGAACAGUCCCUAACAGCAGUCACACAAUACCUACCUAACUGUCCCUUCAGUUCCCUUCUUCCACUCUUUAUCAAAAUGCUUUAACACUCUGUGGUGGUAUGUAAUGCUCAGUAAAAGCAGUGGUUGGUUGUAGUGUAACUACCACCAUGACACCUGGUGUGAUGAAAUCACAGUAGUGCUCAUGUGAUUAGAUUCAAGACAAUUGAUCAUUACAAUUGCACCCAAGCAUAUAAAUAUCAACCCACAAGCCACAUGGCUGGUCCACAGGUCUCAUAGUGAUGGCUUCAUUCAUAAAAAUGUGAGACAGUACUAGCAUCUAGGAUUUCCAGGUAGAUACUAGUAAGAACUAUAUACAAAGGUUCAAACAAAGUGGAGGGUAGUUAAAGCAUCGGGUUAAGAGUCUGAAAAGCAUGUAAAACAUGGUUUGUAUGUCUCACACUUCAAGUUCUACUAACACUCUCGCUCCAGCAUACACCAGAGGAAUGACCAAAGCCUCAUUUUCCCGUCAGAGCCCUGUGUAGCAUGUAGCUUCAGUUCAGUGACUCAGCAGUAGUAGAUUUUGAGGCAUUUUCUAGUAUGGUCCUACCUCAGCACUAUGAAACAUCUUAUUUACUUUGACUGUCUCAACCAUUUCUUAGUUUGUGAUACAAGGAGCAGUUCUGAGUGGGAUAGACUCAGACUCAGUCUCUUUUAUCUUGAUCCAACCUCUGAUGGACUUCUUUGUGUGGCGUUUUUCUUAGACUACUUUAAAAAUGCAUCCAUAGAAACAUUUCUCUCUUACUUGCUGCAGGACAAAGCUAGUCCUGCCCCAUGCCAAGGCUACAGUCACGUUGAUAACAUCCAACAACUACAACUCCCAUAAGAGUUUUAUUAUUGUGUAAUGAAGUCUAUAUUUGAAGGUGUCAGUGUGCGUCCAGAAAGUGUUUAAAGGACUGCUGUCAUAGCCUCAACUGCCUCCCUUUUCUCUCUCUGAAAAUCCUUUGUACAUUUAUAGUUUCAGCAUUGUACAAUCAGAUUGUCUCUACUUGUAAGCAGUAACGAUGUUGCUCGGAGUAGAUGUGUGAAUUUCAAACCCUGCCCUCUGCAGCUGUGUACUGCAGGCCAAAUGCUUUGUGAUUGUUGAAAAGUAACACAUUUGUUAUUUUCCAAUUCCAUCAGAAAAGGGGUUUCAGAAGGUGUUAACUGAUCUGACAAAAGCACUUUGUAUGAAUCAUACUGAAGUCUUAAUAAACACAGAGCAAAUUUGAACAGAAUUGAAAGGUGCAAGUCAGGACAAUAAGAUAUGGAUUUGCUGUAUUUGCUGUAGUUGUAGGACUUUGCAGAGAUGGUAGGAGUGACUGCAAUGAAACUGCAACAAUUUGCUUAUCUGUGUUUAAUGUGAAUACACUUUGACACCCAUGGGAGCUGUAGUUGUUAAAUGGUAAUGUUGCUUUUGUUAAAACAAAUGUGUUUCAUUUUGGGUUGAGACAUUUCAUUUUUUCACUUUUUUUUAAAGGACUAUUGUAGCACAUACUGAUAGGAAACCUGUGUUUACCCUUUGGGGUGUUUAAUCUCUGACCUUCUGCAGAUUUAAAUGUGUUUCUUUAAACAUUACACCUAACAUGGUCAAAAGCCUGGAUUUGGAAUUGCUGUAGUUGAUGGUGCAUAAGCUAAUUGAGGAUUUUUACAAUUAAAUCAUCACUACUAAAAUGUAUUGUCCACUUGCCCUGCUGUUACUGUACUUGUAUGAGCCUUUUCAUUGAGCUCUCUUCAAACUUCUAAUGAUUCCACUUGAAAACAAUUUACACUAUGCAAAAUGUUUCACUGCCUCACCGUAAUCACUGUACAGAGCCACCCCGUUUGGAAACAAUUAUGUGUAAUAUGUUGAACUUUUUCUUUUAGUGCAAAUUUCCAGUAUGUACAGAAAUGUAUGUUUCAGAUGUGUAAAAUAAAAAACGUUUUUUGUUAAUGAAGCUGAAAGGAGCCGAUAGAUGUUCUAGCAUCAUGUUUUUUGCUGUAUAUAUGUUUGACAACUUUCUUGAAAUAAAUGAUGA